AUGGCGGCGGCGAUCGCCGGUGCGGUGGUGGCCGCGCUCCUGCUUCUGUAUCAGUGGACUAUCCUAAAGAUACACCUAGUUGAGAAGUUGGGCUUGCUAUUUUUCAAGUUAAGAUACCUUGUUUCAAAUGAAAGUGGCCUCAUUGGGCAUCCCACCAUUUUUCAUGUGAAGGGUUGUGAUAACAUCCUAGCACAGCUUCACACUGCACAUCCAGAAUUUUGUGACAAAGUUGGAGGAAUUCUAGCCAUGCAUAUUGAUGACUUAAGGGCUCUAGCACCUCUGUGGCUCUCAAAAACUGAAGAAGUGAGGCAGGAUAAGUCCCAUUGGUCAACCAAUAUUACUGGUGAUAUAUAUGGCAUGGGUUGGAUCAAUGAGAUGUAUGGGUAUUCAUUUGGUGCUGCAGAACUUCAUUAUCUGGUCCUCAUGAACAGGUACCCUGCAAUUAACAAACCUGCAGCAGUUCUCCAUUGGCUCAACCAUGUGCAGACUGAUGCUGAGUUCCUUGUUAUCCUAUAUGCUGAUACGAUCAUGAGAGGCCCCAUCACCCAAUGGGAAUAUGGUGCAAAACGUGGUCAUCCUGUUUCUACUCCUUAUGAGUACCUCAUUGGUUGUGAUAACAUACUUGCAAAGAUACACACUCGCAAUCCCUCUGCAUGUGAUAAGGUUGGCGGUGUCAUUAUCAUGCAUAUAGAUGAUCUUCGGCGUUUUGCUCUGCUGUGGCUUCACAAAUCAGAGGAGGUUCGUGCAGACAAAGCUCACUAUGCAACAAACAUUACUGGCGACAUAUAUAAUUCUGGCUGGAUUAGCGAGAUGUAUGGCUACUCUUUUGCAGCAGCUGAGAUCAACCUGCGACACAUCAUUAGGAGGGACAUAAUGAUAUAUCCAGGUUAUGUUCCACUGCCUGGGGCAAAAUACAGGGUUUUCCAUUAUGGUUUGAGAUUUGGAGUUGGUAAUUGGAGCUUUGACAAGGCUGAUUGGAGAAAUGCUGAUGUGGUAAAUACAUGCUGGGCCAAGUUCCCUGAACCACCUGAUCCUGCUACGAUCAUGAAACAAGAUCUAGAUGCACGGGAGAGGGAUCUUCUCAGCAUUGAAUGCGGGAGAGCUUUGAAUAAAGCCCUAUACCUGCACCAAAAGCGCAGAAAUUGCCCCCAGCUAGGCACCAUUCGCAGCACAUCUAGGAAAGCUGAUCAACAAGUUUCUGCUUCUAACAAAAUGGAGAGAGUUCCACAAAAGUCAAGAAGUACAAGUAGAGAAAACAUAGAGUCCAUGGUUGAUGGAAGGGAGAAGACUGUUGAAAGGACUGCAGCUACUGUACAACCUCUACAUAGAUCAAGGAGACUGGCCAGGUCUUCUAGGAUGUGGAUAAUUGCUGUGUGGGCAUUAUCAAUUGUGGUGUUCUUAUUGGUAAUCUCCAUGUUCUUCACUGAGCAAAGGAGAAAUGUUUCGAGAUCUAGGGUUUCUAGAAGUUUAAAGGCCCAUGUCUGA